AUGACGCCGGUGCUGCGGGAGGGCCCGGAGGCCCGGGAGGCCCUGGAAUGGGAGGCCGCGGUGGCUUCCGCGGAGGCUUCGGUAGUGGCGUCCGGGGUCGUGGCCGGGGCCGGGGCCGGGGUCGUGGCCGGGGCCGGGGGCCGGGGCCGGGGCCGGGGUCGUGGCCGGGGUCGUGGCCGGGGUCGGGGCAGAGGCCGCGGAGCUCGCGGAGGCAAGGCCGAGGACAAGGAGUGGCUCCCCGUUACCAAGCUGGGCCGCCUGGUCAAGGACAUGAAGAUCAAGUCCUUGGAGGAGAUUUACCUUUUCUCUCUGCCCAUCAAGGAGUCUGAGAUUAUUGACUUUUUCCUGGGAGCGUCCCUCAAGGAUGAAGUUUUGAAGAUUAUGCCCGUGCAAAAGCAGACCCGUGCUGGCCAGUGGACCAGGUUCAAGGCAUUUGUUGCCAUCGGGGAUUACAAUGGACAUGUCGGUCUGGGUGUCAAGUGCUCCAAGGAAGUAGCCACUGCCAUCCGUGGGGCCAUCAUCCUGGCCAAGCUGUCCAUCGUCCCCGUGCGAAGAGGCUAUUGGGGGAAUAAGAUCGGCAAGCCCCACACGGUUCCCUGCAAGGUGACUGGCCGCUGCGGCUCCGUGCUGGUGCGCCUCAUCCCUGCCCCCAGAGGCACUGGCAUCGUCUCCGCCCCUGUGCCCAAGAAGCUGCUGAUGAUGGCCGGCAUCGACGACUGCUACACUUCUGCCAGGGGCUGCACCGCCACCCUGGGCAACUUCGCCAAGGCCACUUUUGAUGCCAUUUCCAAGACCUACAGUUAUCUCACCCCUGACCUCUGGAAAGAGAUGGUGUUCACCAAGUCUCCAUAUCAGGAAUUUACUGACCAUCUUGUGAAGACCCACACCAGAGUCUCCGUGCAGAGGACCCAGGCCCCAGCUGUAGCCACCACAUAAUUUUAUAAAGAGAAUAAUAAAGUGAAUGAAACCGGAAAAAAAA